UGUUAGCUCGUUGCUAAGUGCUGAAGGGCACGCGCGGCUUCUCUGUGAAUAUUAAUUAGUUUUAAUUAGUUUUAAUUAGUGUCAGAGGUCACAUGAGUUCUUGAAGAGUCGCCGAGCUGCUCUGAGACGCUGACGAUGUCUUCCUCUCUGGCUCCUCUGGCCCAGAAGCUGAUGAAGGCCGUGAUCGCCGUCGAGCUGCUGGGCGUGUUCGGCGUGUACGGCCUGUUCCACAAGAUGAACGACAGUCCAGAGUUCAGGAGCACCAUGAGCAGGAAGUUUCCAUCAGUGCUGGAAGUUUACUACCAGUCCAACGAGUGGGCGGGCGUCUACGGCAUCCGAGAGAGAGACCAGGAGGCCUGGGCGUCCAAACAGGACUGAAGCCGGUGGUUAGAAACCCACGACAGACGGACGGCUGCUACUUCCUCUUCCUGUUCCCGAACGUCUUCCCUCCUCUUCCUCCCGUCCUCGCUCCGCUGAACGACUUCUUCUUGUUGAACAUCGUCUUCUUCCUGCGCAGCGUCUUCACGUGUCCUGCAUCCAGUCGUCAUGCUGAGCCUCCCACUUCAGCUGCUUCAGGCCUGCAGGGACAGACAGGAAGAGUUAACAGACGAGGACGCUCGUCCUCAUGUUUCUCUACAGAGAACGGCCGAGAAGAUCUGAAGCUGCUGAGCUGAAGACGGUUAUUUAGAAAAAUGAUUUUUGUCUCUGUGGAGAAGUUUGAACAAAGCUGGUAUCCAGCAAACUGAAUAAAAUGUCAAAGUGUCUGAA